UCCUUCAGAAACUGACAGACCAGAAGGCGACCACUGACCACGCUGCAGCCCUAUUGGAAAAUAAUUUCAGUAACCCCGCCCCCAAGAAGGAGACCACCGUGCUAUUGGCUGACGAGGUAAGGCCGCCUUUUAAUCACGAAUGCACUCUGUCUCGACUCUUUAAGGAUAGGAGAAUGUAUUUUUACUUUGGUUGUAACCAUCGUUUACCCCAACUGGGAGAUGCAAAUGAUAGAUGUCAAGACAGAGGAUUGUGUUCAUUCUAUAAUUGUCUCAGUAUUUCUACUCUACAUAUUUCGUGGACACAUUGCAGUAGAAUUACACAUCAUUGACUUGAAUGGGGGAUGCUUGUUCUAAUCAUUCCAUUUCUGUGACUGACCCUGUGUUCCACUCCUUAGCUGGACUUGCUUUUGGACCAGGAAGCAGAACAUCAUGUACAAGCUGUUUGAUUGGCCAAAGAGGCGCCACGCCCGCCUGGUGGUGCUGACCAAUGCCAACACCAUGGACCUCCCAGAGAGGAUAAUGAUCAACAGGGUGACCAGCAUACUGGUAAGGACUGUCUCUUUCACCACCACAUGAGGGCGCUGUUCUACUGGUGUGUCCAGGCUUGCAAUCACCUCUACUUUCAUUACAGAUGCAUUUGUACUUACUAAGGAGCUUACUAAUGAUGUUUUUGUAUUGCUUAUGAAAUGUAAUUUUGUAUUCUUGCAGCUCUAAUAGUGUGUGGAUGAAAGUGUUUGUGUGUUUAACUGCAUCUUACGGUGUUUAGAACUGUGUGUGUGUGUCCAGGGCCUGACCAGGAUGUCGUUCUAGCUGUACAGCUACAGCAGAUCAUCACGUCCGGACUGAACAAGGUCAAGGCCUUUGAGGAGGAGGCUCUGCACCUCGUCUCCAAAAAGGUAUUCUAUUAUCCAGCCCAAGGGGUGCACAACUCAGAUCCUUGCGUUCCAGUCCUUCUGUUUUUUUUUUUCUUCCUGCCUCUUAAUUGAUACAUUAAUGCCAUCGAUUGGAACCAUGGAUUGGAAUGGUCUGCCAGUGAUACUGUGAAGUGUUCUGUUUGGCGGUACCUAUCUGUGAGUGGUGUUUCUGUCUCUGACCGCUGUCCCUCUCCCGUCCACCAGGUGGCAGCGUUAUCAGGAGACAUCUGGCGAUGUCUGGACACAGAGAUCUGCGAGCACUCAGCCUCACACCUGUCCUCCACAGGAUUGGUGGGCAUGAGUCAUGUGAUGGAGGCCCUGGAUGAGAUGUCCUUCUCCUCUUACAUCAAAGCCAACAGGUAAGAGACACCCCAUUGGCCCACAGAGCUGUCAAUCUGUUCCCAUUGGCCCAGAGAGCUGUCAAUCUAUUUGAAAUCUAUGUGUGUUACGUGUGCAUUGGUGUAGGAGAAGCUCUUCCUGAGGGCGGUCAUCGCUGAAUUCAGGCGGCUGGGACUGGAGGUGGCCACCUUCCAACAGGUAUAGACCCUACUGAGGUCAACAUUGACUUACUUCAGCUCUUGCUCAACACACAUCUUUCCUUCUUUUACCCGCAUUGUGGAUCUUUCCCCAAAUUCCCUUAUCUAAAGUCCACUGUCCCCCACCCUCCCCCUAGGUGUUAGUGCAGCACCAAGCGUUGUGUCGUGUGGAGGGCCUGUAUCCCCUAAGUGUGUCCGAGGGUCUGGCCGUGUGUCAGCGCCUGAGGGCGUGUCGUCUGCUGCUGCUGGAGGCCAGCCGUCUAGACGUACUACAGCAGGUCAGCCAGAACGACGUGCUCUACGCACUCAAUGCCGACAGAGAGACCACCAGGGGUCCAGGCAGGGGUCCACCCUGUGUUUCCUGACAAGGUUGGUCCUAACAUAAGGAUUUGUUUUCUCAGUUCAGGAGAGCUGCCGUAUCACCAGGUUUCAGUUGCAGUGAAGGGUUAUACUGUAAUUAUCUCGGUUCCUGAGCCAGAUUGGGAAAGGAAACUGGCUCCAUCAGGACUAUCUCUGUCCGUUCAAUUGAUCGAUGUACUGUUUUGUGAGAACCAAGAUCCCUCUCUCACACUGAAACUCUUCAGGUCCACCAUUGGACCACAUAGUCCCAUGCCUGCCCUUGACCACAGCCAAUACUACUGUACCACUCAGGACUGGGAACAUGAAUCCCACAGACACCUCUGGCUGUGUACUCUUUUUUUAGAGGCUCACAGUUUGGUUUGAUGGUGUCUUCUGAGAGGCAGAGUAAUUUUUUUUUUAGGACAAGGAUCCUCUGUUUUUAAUAUUAUUUUACAAAUGCUUUUCAGUGUUGUCAUUGUUGCAAGCACCAUUGGAAGCAUUUGAAAGGGAAACUGCAUCGUACUUGAACAUUUUAUUAUGGAAUUCUGCCAAGCACAAAAUAAAUCAUGACUUCUAUUAAAUUGAUUUUAUGUAUGUUUACUGAAAAUUGCCCUUGUUACAAACUUUUGAAAGGAUAUUUAAAUCUGGUUUUAACUCAUUGUGUUGAUGGGAGCGCUAGAGUUCCCCAUCAGUUAGCCAUUUGACUUUCCUCUUUUAUCCUUAUUCAAACAUUUUAAUGUUGCUCUUGUUGGUUUUAUGAUUUUCUGUAUUAUUUUUUGAAUAUUGUAUCUACAAAUAUAAUUAAGAUAUUUAACAAUACUUGUAGGUCUACCUUUCCAUUCUUCAUGUACUCAUGAAUACAUUACCUGCACAGGUAUUGCUUUCCAGAGAUGGCUAGAAUGAAGCAAGCAUAGUUU